UCUUCUUCUUCUCACCAGUUUUUCGAAUUUGCAGAACGAGAAACAGGAACAGAGCUACGUCCAUGGCUAUUUGGUCCGAGUGACAAGAAGAUAUCUAAAGAAGGCCAUAGAAGCGAGAAAAAAUGGCUGCUGCUCCAACCUUUUCGAACACUAACCAGUGUUUCCGGGUUCCUUGUACGCUCUCUCCAAGUAAUAAACUUCCAUGGAUAAGACCCAUACCUGGUGUUUGUCUCUAUCGGUCGUUCACGCCGAUUCGUAGGUAUCGUUGUGCUCAGACGAGAUAUGUGGCUUCGUCUCUUACGGAGAAUUUGGGUCGUCUGAAGAGGAAUUUAGGCAAUGCUACAAGUAUGAACUAUUGGGUUGUCCGGGACUACUAUCGUCUAGUGGAAUCUGUCAAUUCCCUUGAGCCGCGGAUUAAAAGCCUCUCCAAUGAACAGCUGAAAGCAAAAACUGAGGAGUUUCGAGGAAGGUUGGCCCGAGGGGAGACGUUAGCAGAUAUUCAAGCUGAGGCCUUUGCUGUUGUUCGUGAAGCCGCAAAGAGGACACUUGGAAUGCGACAUUUUGAUGUGCAGAUCAUUGGUGGAGCGGUGCUUCAUGAUGGAUCCAUUGCAGAGAUGAAAACAGGUGAAGGGAAAACACUUGUCUCCACAUUGGCUGCUUAUCUUAAUGCACUUACUGGUGAGGGCGUUCAUGUGGUGACUGUGAAUGAUUACCUGGCUCAGCGUGAUGCUGAAUGGAUGGGUCGUGUUCACCGCUACUUAGGUCUCUCUGUGGGUCUCAUUCAGAGGGGAAUGAAAGCUAAAGAGAGGAAGACCAACUAUAGAUGUGAUAUCACAUACACGAACAACUCAGAGCUCGGUUUUGAUUAUCUGCGAGAUAAUCUUGCUUCGAAUAGUGAUCAACUGGUGAUGAGAUGGCCAAAACCAUUUCAUUUUUCCAUAGUUGACGAAGUGGACUCUGUACUCAUCGAUGAAGGCAGAAAUCCUUUGCUAAUAAGUGGUGAGGCAAAUGAAAAUGCAGCACGAUAUCCAGUUGCUGCAAAAGUGGCUGAGCUUCUCAUAAAGGAUAUUCAUUACAAAGUUGAGCUGAAAGAUAACUCGGUGGAAUUGACUGAAGAAGGUAUAGCUCUUGCUGAGAUGGCUCUUGAAACGGGUGAUUUAUGGGAUGAAAAUGAUCCAUGGGCAAGGUUUGUGAUGAAUGCGUUAAAAGCUAAAGAAUUUUACAAGCGGGAUGUUCAAUAUAUUGUGAGAAAUGGGAAAGCGCUCAUAAUCAAUGAGUUGACGGGAAGGGUUGAAGAGAAAAGGAGAUGGUCUGAAGGGAUCCACCAGGCUGUGGAGGCUAAAGAGGGUGUCAAAAUUCAGGCUGAUUCAGUUGUUGUUGCUCAAAUCACCUAUCAAUCACUCUUCAAACUCUAUCCAAAGCUCUCAGGGAUGACUGGGACAGCAAAAACAGAAGAAAAAGAAUUUUUGAAGAUGUUCCAGAUGCCUGUUAUCGCAAUUCCAACAAAUUUGCCAAAUAUUCGGAUAGAUCUACCUAUACAAGCUUUUGCUACUGCUCGUGGGAAAUGGGAACAUGUUCGUCAAGAAGUUGAAUAUAUGUUCAGUCAAGGCCGUCCUGUUUUAGUAGGAACAACAAGUGUAGAGAACUCUGAAUAUUUAUCAGAAUUGCUGAAAGAAUGGGGUAUUCCUCACAAUGUCCUGAAUGCACGAUCAAAGUAUGCUGCCAGGGAAGCUGAAAUCAUAGCCCAAGCUGGAAGAAAAUAUGCCAUCACCAUUUCUACAAAUAUGGCUGGCAGAGGUACCGACAUAAUUCUGGGAGGAAAUCCGAAGAUACUUGCAAGGGAAAUCAUAGAAGAUAGUGUCCUUCUAUACCUAACAAAUGAAACUUCACCGGAUGAAGUUGAUGCUAAGGAAUUCUCACAGAAGGUAUUGUCAAAAAUAAAAGUUGGACCAUCAUCAUUAGCUUUGCUAGCCAAGGCUUCUCUCAUGGCGAAGUAUGUGGGCAAAAGUGAGGGUAAAAGCUGGACACGUGGAAAGGCAAAAUCCUUAAUCACAGAAUCCGUGGAGAUGAGCCAGGCCACGGAUCCAACGAAGCUGCAGGAGCUUGUAAACGAACAGUCUGAAAUGUAUCCUCUAGGACCUGCUAUAGCUCUUGCUUAUCUGUCUGUCUUAGAGGAUUGUGAAGCACACUGUUUGCAUGAAGGCUAUGAAGUGAAGAGGCUUGGAGGCCUUCAUGUGAUUGGGACAUCUUUGCACGAGUCUCGGAGGAUUGAUAACCAGCUCCGUGGCAGAGCUGGAAGGCAAGGAGAUCCAGGAUCCACACGGUUUAUGGUGAGCUUGCAAGAUGAGAUGUUUCAAAAGUUCAACUUUGAUACUGAAUGGGCUGUGAAACUUAUAACGAGGAUUACAAAUGAUGAAGAUAUACCAAUUGAAGGUGAUACAAUAGUAAAACAGCUUCUAGCGCUCCAAAUCAAUGCGGAGAAGUACUUUUUUGGUAUAAGGAAAAGCCUGGUCGAGUUUGACGAAGUGCUAGAGGUCCAAAGGAAGCAUGUCUAUGAUCUCAGGCAACUGAUGUUGACAGGCGAUAAUGAAAGUUGUUCUCAUCAUAUAUUCCAGUACAUGCAAGCUGUUGUAGAUGAAAUUGUUCUUGGAAAUGCUGAUCCACAUAAGCGUCCGAGAUUCUGGAGCUUGGACAGGUUACUGAAAGAGUUCAGGGCUAUUUCGGGGAAUCUUCUGGGUGAUUCAAUUGAUGGGAUCACUGAAGAAGCCAUGUUGCGCUCCCUUGAAGAACUGCACGAUGCAAGUUCAAUACAUUUGGAAGAACUCCAUCUCACAUACCUGCCAAAACCUCCAAACGCUUUCAGGGGAAUUCGUAGAAAGAAUUCUUCUUUAAGACGUUGGCUCGAUAUUUGCUCAGAUGAUUUGACAGGGAGUGGAAGGCAUCGAAAUGCUGUUAACCUUCUCCGGAAAUUCCUUGGCGAUUAUCUGAUAGCUUCAUACUUGAAUGUUGUCCAAGAAUCUGGCUAUGAUGAUGGAUACAUAAAAGAAAUAGAGAGAGCAGUUCUUCUGAAGACACUGGAUUGCUUCUGGAGGGAUCAUCUCAUAAACAUGAACAGACUCAGUUCAGCGGUAAAUGUCAGAAGUUUUGCACACAGAAACCCUCUGGAAGAGUAUAAAAUUGAUGGGUGUCGGUUUUUCAUCUCAAUGCUCAGUGCAACCAGAAGGUUGACCAUAGAAUCGCUCUUGCAAUAUUGGUCAUCACCCAUGGAAUCUCAAGAACUCUUCCUAUCAUAGUAAAGAAUGGAGUGGCUCAAGCCAAACUAUAAGGCGAAACUUGAAGAGUUUUGUACAAAGGAGAAAACCAAAACCAACGCUAAGGUCCCCCCAUCCAGACGACAAAGAAGGGUGGCAAUUGGUUCGGUAUUUGGGAUUUCGGUUUAACUAUACCGAAUCCGAUGACCGGAUCCCGUACCGAACCAAACCGGUACAAAGAUGGGUAUUGUUCGAUAUGUCGGUAACUCAAGUAAACCCCUAUUAUAAAUUUAAUAUUCCCCCUAAACUAUAUAUAAAUAUAUUUUUUAAUCUUAUUUAGGGUUUGAGAUAUGAAAAAGAUUUGCAUAUGGUAUUUAUUGUUCUCGAAAAAGCUUAUAAUCGAGUAUUAAGAGAGGUUUUAUAGUGGGUAUUAGAGCGUAGAGGAGUAUCAAUGAGAUACAUACAAGUACUGAAGGACAUGUAUGAAGGUGCGACCAUAGCAGGGGGUGACACGCGAAAUUUUCCCAUCUCGAUAGGGUUGCACCAAAGAUCCGCUUUAAGCCUGUACCUCUUUGCGUUAGUUAUGGACAAAUUGAUUAGGGAUAUACAGAAAGAAGUACCGUGGUGUAUGAUGUUUGCGGACGACAUCAUGUUAAUAGAUGAGUCCAGACAAAGAGUAAAUGGACAAUUAGAGUUAUGAAGAAAUAUAUUAGAGGCUAAGGGUUUUAGGCU